AUGCCGGUGUGUACGUCCUGUCAUCAAACUAAGCCUGACGAAGCCUUCUUUCAUAAAAAUAAAAAAUGGAAAACUUGUCAAAGUUGUAUAGAGCAAAGAGCUCUUAAAAAACAAAAAACAAAGAGAAAACGCGAUGACGAAGUCGUGGAAGAAGAAGAGCCCACGCGUGUAUCCCUUAGAACCGUUGGUCUAAUGGAGUUGUCUAACCUUGUCGCUUCUGAAAUGCGUGCUAUUCUUCAUAACCCUCAACCUAUUGGUCCUGACGGUGCUCCACAAUGUGCUUUAAACCUACGCGUGGCUUUAAACCUUACAAGUAUGAUAAAUGGUAGUGAACAUCCUAAGGAAGUUGCUAGAUGGAUCGUAGAAGAAAUAGAGAGAGCUGAUGAAUAUAAUUGGACGUAUAAUUGUAUGAAUACUUCGAUGCGUCAUAAAGAUGUCGCAAAAUUUUACUACGUUUGUAGUCAAUCCGUAGUUGCGAUGAAAGAAUAUAAAGAAGGUUCUAAUAGAAAACGAAUGGAACGCUUUCCAUGUCAAGGAAAAAUGCAAAUGAAAAUUGAUAUGCCUGCUGCUGAAGCUAUGCUUGAAAUUCAUCAUGGCAUGCUUCAUAAUAGACCCGUUAUCACUUCAGAAAUUAGUGAAGAGUGUAGAAAAGAGAUUGAAGAAAAUCUUCAUUUAAAUCCUAUUCAAUUACGUCAAUUGCUCAGAGCUAAAAAUGUUAUGAAAAAUUACACCCCAAAACAAAUUCAUACUUAUUGGGAAAGAAUCGCUAAUUUGAAAUGUCCUGAAUUAGUUCCCCAAUACUCGGUUACUCCUGUUGUUCCUGUCGUUCCUAUGUUACCAACUACUGUUGACGGUACUUAUACUAUGAUACCGACAAUUCCUUAUCCCCCUUUACCUCCUUCUAUGCCCAUUCCUAUGGUCCCGAAUACUCCUUCCACUUCACAAAAAACUGAAAAAAUUUCAAAAGUCUCUAGUCACACUUUUAAUCAUGAUGAAUUUGCUGAAUAUGCUGCAAAGAUGGAACAGUUUGCAAAGAGAAUUAGAAAUCAAUUGGAUCGUCGGAAUUAUCAUUGGUUAGAUACCGUAAAAAUCCUGACCGCUGGUGUUAUUGAAAUGGAAAAUGAUAUCGAAGAAUUGGAAAGGCAACGUGCUAGUGAAAGGGCUACUAAACCAUGGACAAUUCAUUAUAAAUAA